UCUCUCUUUGUCUCUUUCGUUCAGCGUGCACACAAUAACGCAUACAUGCCAAGGACUGUGAAGCUUUAAAGUUUUGGGCUUUAAUGCACAAUCAGACUUAUAGCUUAGCAGCUCAACUCAAUCAGUCCUUGGUGUUUAUUUUGUUUGUUUCUUUUUCAUUUUCAGAUCUAUGAUGAUGACGCCCAGCAGGCUUUUAUCUGAAAGUUCAGAGAACAUAGUGUAGCUGAUGCUGCAUGGAGAUGAGUGAGUGACACAUUUUGACCAUGUUUCUUUCAAAGAUUUUGGAGCUACGUGCAAACCGGCUGUCGUCUUUAGACAGCCUCACCAGCGGUGCUCCUCCUCCCCACCUGCAGUACCUCGGCCUCGGCUCAAACACUCUGGGUUCCCACAAUGAUGUCACUCAUCUUACUGGAAGACAGUGGCCACAGCUGGUGUGUCUGGACCUCAGCGACUGUGGGUUUCAGGACCAGCCAGCUCUGCUAAAUGGCUUGAGCACCCUGCCUUGCCUCAGGACGCUGCUGCUGGAGGGAAAUCCUUUCGCGCUUGCAUCUUCAUACCCAGGACUGACUGUGGACAGCCUCCCGCAGCUUUCCUGUCUGGACACCUCAUGGAUUUCCCCGGAGGAGAGGAUUCGCUUUAGGGGCUUGGCCAAGAUGAGUGGCCUGGCAGUAGGCAUAGCGUCACCCACAGUGAGCGUGGGCAGGAUGAUGGGAAUUCCAGAUCCUCAGAUGACUGUGGAUGACAAAGCUCCCAUUUUCCCUGUGGUCAGCUACCACUAUUUUAUCACCUACGAGUUCCUGAGGCAUCAGACACCUGCUCACUCGAAACUUGACACUGAGACAAAAUCUGACACAAGAUCUGUGACUGAAGGCCAACGAUCAAAGGAGAACGGCGAAAAACAGACGUCCAAACAAGAUGGCGGCAUUCUGAACUCAGAGAAACCCAGUUGUGGCAACACAUGUGAAGUGUUAAGGCACAGCACGUCCAAGCUGUCGUGGUCAGAGAGCAUGGACUUCGGUGACACGCAAACCCACACUGUGAGCGCUCUGGGAGAUUUAAAGAAAUUCCUCAAUCGGGGACUGCAUUUAUGCUUAGAGGAAGAAAAGGUCCUGUCGUGGCCUGCAGCUUGUGAAGAAGUCCCGCUGACCAAAGCCAACCAAACUGGAAAAGAGAAGAAAGGCAGGAGGGAGAAAGAAUCUCCAGUUAAAUCUGAUUUCACCAAGUCUAAAGACAAAAAUAAAAAAUCUGUAUCUGAGCUGGUCCAAGAUGCCCCGAUCAGACGAAUCCUUGGCUCCGUGCACAUCCCCCUGCAAAGCCUGGUCAGAGGAGGCCAGCAGGUUAAAGUCCUCUGUGACUUUGGCAUGCUGCACACAGACUCUGAGGUGGAAGCAACACAAACACACCAAAAGGCAAGUUUGCACAUAUGAGUUUAUGUUUUGCUGAGAUAUUCUUGCUGUUUUCUGGAUGAGUUACAUGGGACAAAGGUUAAAAUAGGAAAAUCCAUCCAAAAGAGUA